UGUUUCUUAUACAUUGAAAAGCACUCAUCUUGGUGCAAACGAACCAAAAAUAUAGGUACAGACAGUGUUUUCUGUUACCGACACUCUCUUCAUUUGAUACGGGCGGUGAAAAUGCAACUGCCAUUGAGGGUAAUUGACGGAGCGAAAACUCUCCUUUCGUGCAUGCCAUUGUCUCUGAAUUAAUGAAGAAACUGCUAUAUAUGAAGGAGCUAAAUCAGGGAUGAAAUAUCGAGGAGGAAUAAUGUCAUAGACUCAUGUUAUUAAUCACUAGUUUCAAGGGGCAGUGCCGGCAGGUCUAGAGAUGCUCGAGAUUCAAAAGGCUUUGUGACUAUAGGUAGUACUACAUGGUGAUUUGUAUAUGGGGAGACAAAGGUGCCAUUUUUACUUUGUGUUGAUUACAAAGGAAGAAAUAUGGAAUUAAACUAGUGGGGACAAAGACAUGGUAGUUGGAAAAAAAGGUGACAGAGAAGAGAGAGGGAAGAGAGGCGGUAAAGUCCGUGUUUGGGAACUUGAACCAUGUAGCAAGUAGCAUCCACACCAGCUUGAUAUGAUAUGGAAUUUCUCAAACUCCACUCUAUUUAACUCUUUAUGCAGCAAAGCUUUCACUGGCUUAUAGGAUUUCUUUGUUUGCAUCUCUUCAAGUCCAAAUUCAAUACCAUCAUCAAUCGCCUGCCAUCUGCAUUUUGCUGUUUCUGAAAGCUGCAGUUUUGCAAUAUUAUUUCACCAAAUGAAGAUAUUCAGCUGGGUGCAAAACAAGCUCACUAGCAAGAAAUCCAACUCGAUUCCAGCUAAUUAUCAUAUCCAACAGCCUUGCAAAGAAGAGUUCAGCGACUGGCCUCAUGGACUGCUAACAAUUGGAACGUUUGGAAAUAAGAUAAAGCAAGAACCAGAUCAGAAGGCAAAUCUUCAAGAAAAUUUCCCUUCGGCACAAGAUCAUCUACAUGGUCUGACGCCUGAAGAAGUCGGAAAGCUUCAAAAAGAGUUAAACUUAAUAUUUCAGGAACAUGUUGGAGUUGGACCGACAUCAGAUAACCUGGAAGCUCCUAAUCUUCCAUUUGAAAAAUUUCUCGACACCAACUCAAGCACGGAAGCUGAAGAAAGGAAUUGCAGCGCAUGCUCCCAUGAUUCAAACAAGAAAAACGACCACAUUCAAUGUAGCACCAGUUUAGUUCACAGUAGAGGGAAAGAUAUCUGUUUUGAUAAUUCUAAAGGCGCCAUUGGCAAAAAAUCAUUGUCAUUUCUUCUCAAGAAGAUGUUUGUUUGCAGAAGUGGAUUUUCACCUGCCCCAAGUUUAAGGGAUCCAAACCUGGAAUCACGAAUGGAGAAGUUGUUGAGGACUAUACUUCACAAGAAAAUAUAUCCACAAAGUUCUAGUCCGAAAUUGUCUACCAAUAAAUCCCUGGAGAGCAGCUAUACCCCCAAGACUGCCAAUGGGGAUGAAAAGGUUGAAAAAGCAGAUGAUGGAAGUAAAUGGGUAAAAACAGACUCCGAAUAUAUUGUUUUGGAAAUAUGAAGUACCUUAUCUUGCUUGGAUGACCGGCUAUGAAGA